GAUUCCGCACAUGCAUGGAUCUCCUGGAAGCGUGCGAGAAUGGCAACGAAGAACGUGUGGUUGAAAUCCUCUUGGAGGCAGGACCGACAAAAGCCCCCGCAAUGCUACAACAGGUGGACCAAGCAGGACGGAGUGCGCUGCAUGCGGCGUGCAUCGGUGGUCAACUGAGUGUCGUGCGCCUCCUUCUAGGCCGCGAGUGCCAAGUGUUUUUCCCUGGGCGAAGUCGAGAAGAUGCCGAAGACUUGCUUGUUCCCUGUGGGCCCAACGUUAAGGUAGUCAUGAAACGCAAGGAAGACGCACACGUGCCCUCCGCACUCCUUCAGCUACCGCGUGAGGUAGUAGUCCAAGCCAAGGACCUCGCCAAUGGAAUCAUGUACUUGGAUUACUAUGGCAACGCCCCCAUCCAAUGCAUCAGUUGCUUUGGCUGUGGCACGGAAAUGAAGCACGUUCGAGACAGCGUCGAAAUAGCCGCUGAGCUAUUGCGAAGUGGGUGCCAGUGUAAUACAAGUAAAACCGCCAACAACUGGACGCCUCUCCACUGGAGUGCGUUCAACGGCCAUCACGACCUCACGGCGUUGCUGCUCAACCCCCAACUGUGCUGUGACGAGCACAACAACGUCGUGUCCGCCGUCCAGUUUGCCGUGCCGUUGGUGUGCUCGGAAGGGUUAUAUCCUGUGGACGUCGCUGGUCGCAUGGGGCUUCAGCUGCGCGAUGAGAUGGCAGCGUGGAAGCAGUCUUUAGCCAACGAGGCGACUACUUUCGAUGGCUUUGAGAUCGAUUACCGCGACUGGCGCCUUCACUUGGACCACGUUUUGGUCGUAAAAGAGUUUGUUCGAGAUUACGUCGCCCAAGCCCAUCAUCCGUACCAGUACGCCCAGCGUCUUGCCAAAUGCGUCGAAGUGUCCAGCUCGAAAACGAAGCCCCGCCGCAAACGACCUGUCCCAUUUACUGAAGCGGACAUUGUGCGGUAUGGCCAGCACUUGCUGUACUGGUGUGCCGGGCUCAACAUGCUGGAUGAGGCCAUCGUACUGCUGAACUUGACGUUUCAAAACGACACAACGACUACUGCCUCGACGACGACAAGUCGACUGGCGCCGCUGUAUCCCAUCCAGUAUGAAGACUGCAAGUCCCAGUCGGCUCUGCACUUGGCAUGCAUCAUGGGACAUACUACCAUGGUACAUACUCUCCUGACGCGAGUGAUUGCAUUGUACACUUCGUCAGUCAGUCUAGCCAAAACUCCAUCAAGUACUUUACCGAGCAAAGUCCACCCGGUACUACGCGGCAUCUCGGCUAAGGACAUUCCAUUCACGGCGCUCGCGGGGUGGCUUAACCACCGCCUCGAAACCCCCUUGUACCUGGCGGGCCUGUACAAUCGCGCCGACGUCGCGACGUCGCUCCUGUCCAUCUUGCCGCCAGCCACCGUCCAAACCGAACUCCAUGUCCAGAACAUCGAAGGCUCCACGCUGAGCGACAUGGCCAACGACGCCGUGCGCACUGCGCUCAACUUGGCCACGACGGCGUUGUUUCCCCACGAGUAUGUGCUGGUGUUUCGACGAAAAUACAGGCUCUUCCGCAAGACCCUCCAGGAUGUGCUCGAAGAAGAGAGCUCCCGCGCGCCGUCGCUGUUGGCAGCAUCGGUCGGGUCGACCCAGCAACUUCGGUGGUGGCGUGACCCUGUCUGGUUUGACUACUUGGCGGUGGGAGCGACGGACGUUGUGUUGGCCCAAAAAGCCGAACACAUGCAGCUCAUGCACCGGCGCCGCGGGUCCAGCCAAAUGCACGUGUUUCACGCGUCGGACAAGCACGAAUUUGAGCCAUUUCGGUCACUUCAGCGGCAAUUGGUCGUGUUCAACUUGAUCCGAGACAACGUCAACUUGAAGCGCCAUUUGCAACGUGGAACGAUCUUCGACCUCUUUCCCCUGCACGACGUCGUGGGCCACAACGCCAUCGCAGCCCACUGGGUCCUCGGGCAUGGCGGUCGCUGGAAGGUUCAGCCGUGGCACGGGCUUCGCCAGUAUUUAUUCGAGACCCCUACCCACACUUACGACAUGCUGUGGCCCCUUCGAUUGUAUUUUGGAGACAAACAUGCCUUGUACAUUGCAUGGAUUCAGUUCUACACGUCGUAUUUGCUUGUCGUGGCAGUUCCGUGCUUAAUUGUCGAGAUACUGUGGGCCAUCCAGGCGUUGCCGUCUGCAGUGCCCCCUUUAGUCAUGCUCGUACUCGUGUGGAUCACGUUUUUGGUCGAGCGGUGGAAGCGAAAGCGUGCUGAAAUGUUGUGCAACUGGGGGCUUCCCGCCCCCGACGGCGGGAGCGCAGGGGGGCUUGUGAGCGCCGAGUUCCACGGAGAUUUUGUCGUUGACACCGCCACAAACGAGCGGAUCGUGGAAUUCCCCAUGUCGGUGCGCACGCUUCGCAUCUACGUGGGCAUGCCGCUGCUGAUGGCGAUGGUCGCGCUGGCGGUGCUGUCAUUCAUCGGCAUGAAGGACCUGCGCGCUCGAAAUGCCGCCACUUCGUCCGAUGAUACCGCCGCGUUCAUGCCAGUGAUCUCGGCAUUGAAUGCAGUGGCUAUCAUCUUGCUCGAUAAAGUGUACUCCAAGGUGGCGCAUGGCCUCACACAUUGGGAAAACCAUCGCACCGUCAGUGACUUUGAAUCGAUGCUGGCACUCAAGCUGUUUUGGUUCAAGUUUAUCAACGCGUUCAUGUCGCUGUUCUGGACGGCGUUUGUCGAUCGUGAAUUCGACCGGUUGCGCUAUGACUUAAUGACAAUUCUCUUUUUUCGCCAAGCGUCGACGAUCUUGAUGUCCAACUUGGUACCCCUCUUGCUAGUGCGGUAUCGGUGGCGACAGCAUGGCUUUCGAAUACUCGAGCUCUUUGUCACCAGUGAUCCUUCAACUACUCGUGAGAAGACAGCACAAUUCUCUACAUGGUAUUAAAAUCACCACUCUUCCCACAAGUAUGUGUAGCUACGCAAGUUCCGAUUUGCUCCACAAAUGAAGACGCAGUGCCUGUUCCUGUGGGCAUCCGUAUGCAGCAGAUGAUGGUGGCGCCUCCGCAUGUCUUGGACAAACAGAUCGACGCCAUGAUUCGAUUUGGCUACGUGACGAUGUUUCUCACCGUUUUUCCGGGCGCGCCGUUCUUUGUCGUGUUAACCAACACGUUGGAAAUGCACUUGGACGUCCAGUGCAGUUUGGAGGCGCACCGACGCCCGUCGUUCGAUGGAGGCGCGGAAAUUCCCGUGUUUCAGAGCAUACUGGAGUUUAUGAGCUUGUACGUCGGAUUAUGUCCCCGCUUCGAACCCGAGGACAUUGCAAGAAGACUUCGUUGUUUGUGUGUGUACUAGUACGUAUCAUGUUAUCGUUGUGGGGUAGUGCUGCGGUGACGGUCAACUGCGCGUUGCUGUACCUGACCACGGACAUCCAUGCGUACUUGCCGACGUCGUUCUUUGCAGCCGACGCCGCCACGUCGACGGCCAAGCUGUGGGUGCUCCUCGGUGUGGAACAUCUUGUCUUGGGCAUCAAGGCUGCCAUGGCGUUAGGCAUUCCCGACUCGCCGCCGUGGGUCGACGCAUAUUACGCCAAACUAGCCAAGACGCACUUGAUAUCGCCACCGCCCACGCGGAGUGCCGAGGUCACGGCUGUGGGAGAAGCAUCCAAUAAUGCGGACAAACAUGGUUCAUUCGAAGUCGAAACGAUGGAAUGUAUGGAACAACCUACUGUCGACACCAAGGAUUCGGGACAGUUUGAUAUUGCUCCAGACGACCAAGUCCUCUUCGCGCUGCCCCCAGAGAGUUUGUCAACUCGAACUAGCUUCGUAGAUGGCACCACGGCCAUACCUGCUACCACAAGUUCUUCCAAGGAGAACGUUCCAUCGACCUACGAGAAACAGUCUCUGACGAUUCAGGCGCUUCAAAUCGAAUUGGCCGCCAUGCAGGCUUCUCGAGACGCAGCGCUGGCCCGCAUCCGAGUCCUUGAGAGCCGCGCAAGUACACAAGACGAUGGCAGUUGCAGGUUUUGUGAUGGUUGCGCUCCGUGUACUGUCAAGUGCGUCGAGUGCAAAGCCUCCAUGUGUCAAGCUUGCGAUGUCACACAACAUGCAGCAGGACUCAACACUCGGCACAUUCGCAUGGAAGUGGGUCGUGUAGGCUAUGUAGUUCAGGAGCGGCUAGCCCACGUCGAAAAGCUAUUGCAGCAACCUAAUGUGAUCUGUCGUGGCGCUACAUAAUAAUAUGUAAUUCGACUCUGAUAUUG